AUGAAAAAAUGUUCUUAUCCACAUCCUGCAGAUCCUGGUAAAUCUCAAGAUGUUCUUAAUAUGUAUAUUGAAGAACUCGAGCAUGAAACACAAACAUAUGGAGAAUAUAUAUACAGACCUGAAAGUGGUGAACAUGAUUACAACUUAGACAUGGUAGAGGACGUAAACUUAAUUGAACCAUAUGGUAAUGUUGAAAUCCUAUAAAGUUGAGUCUUUAUCCAAGAUAGGCCCUUGGAUUUGUUUAAUAUCAACAUUUAUAUGACAAAGCUUUGGAUGGUGCCUGGGCACGGACCCUUUAAACCUCUCAAAAUAUCAGAUAUGGGAAACGACAAUAAAAAAUUGAGACCUUGUUUCAUUUGUUAAACCUACCACAGACUGCAGGAAAUAUAGCAAUUCGCAGAUAAUAGUCAAAAUUAAAUGCCCUUCCUACCCCAUGCCCACUAAUUUGGUCAAUGCUGCUGCAUGCAAAAUAUUGAUAAGGUUUAAUAAGGGUUCUGCAUGGUUGAAAUGGAUGUCAGACCAAUGUAUGUUUCAGUCUAUGUUUUUACAGCCUUAUAUAUGCAAAAGGAGUGGGGCAGGCCUUUUUCUCAGGUCUUCGAAUCUUUCCCUUUUAGUAUAGCAGUCAAGGGGGAAUGUAUAGGCCUAGUAUAAUCCAGAAGUAAAUUUCCAAAUAUUUGAGCUAUAGGUUUUUUUUUUUUUGGCUAUUGGUUUUUUUUGCACAAUGACUGUACUCAGAUGACAUCAAAUGAAGAAUAUCGGAUCAGUUCAAACGUCAAACUUUUCUUCAGCUUUUCAUGAACUUAAAUAAGUUUAGGCUAUAUUUACUCCAAUUAUGUUGGGCAUAUGAGAAACGCAAAGUUUCAUCUUUAAAAAUAUUAUCCUAUUUGGCUUUAAAAAUGUUAUCCUAUAUGAAAUCUGCUGUGCUGGUGUAAUGUACUCAGGUGAAUAAGAUGUUUGUGCGAUGUUACUCUGAGUGUAUAUCCACACCAGGCAGGCUUGAAAAAUAUGCCUGGCCACGGCGGGAUUCGAACCUAUGACCUUUGGAAUACUAGCCCAAUGCUCUUCCAACUGAGCUACGCGGUCAGGACGGUUCGAGUAUGCGAUAUUUCGGAACUGAGUCUAGUUCCUUCGAUAUCAGUGUAAUCUAAGAAUCAUGAAAUCUGCUGUGCUGGUGUAAUGUACUCAGGUGAAUAAGAUGUUUGUGCGAUGUUACUCUGAGUGUAUAUCCACGUGCACAUUACACCAGCACAGCAGAUUUCAUGAUUAUUAGAUUACACUGAUAUCGAAAGAACUAGACUCAGUUCCGAAAUAUCGCAUACUCGAACCGUCCUGACCGCGUAGCUCAGUUGGAAGAGCAUUGGGCUAGUAUUCCAAAGGUCGUAGGUUCCAAUCCCGCCAUGGCCAGGCAUAUUUUUCAAGCCUUGCCCGGUGUGGAUAUACACUCAGAGUAACAUCGCACAAACAUAUUAUCCUAUAUGUUUUAAUGCAUGUAUUAAUUGAUUCAUACACUGACUAUAGGGCCUAUAUUGAUUUCAUACAAUCAAUAUUUGAUAUUAUUUAACAAUUAUUCGAGGUGAUUAUCGGGGAAUAUUUGCCGAGACGAAGUCGAGGUGAGUUAAUUCCCCGAUAAUCCCCGAGCCUGAGGCGAAUAAUUGUUUUAGCAUUUUUGCACAAGUUUUUUUGUGUUUUUCUGGUCUGAAUUCAUUUUAAUUUCGCUUAUUUCUUUAUCACUAACUUCAACAAAAAGGCUAGCUGCCAUUUUGAAAAUUUCGAUUUUGUUAUAUUCACCUGUGAUCACCUGUAGGUGAAUAUAACAGAUUAAUAUAUCAAAUUUGACCAAUCACCUUGUAGGAUUUGUUAUGUUCACUUGUGCAAAAAUACUAAAACAUACUAUUCUAUCAAAUUUUUUACUGUACUAUAUAUAGUUGAUCCUGAGACAGGUAACUGACGCUUUGCCAAAUGAAACUUCGAAUAUUAGUGAAGAGAGUUCGAUUACUGAUGGUAAAUUUGUAGAUAUCCAAAAUUAAACUGUUAUACCAGUGAUAGAUUGAACUUAUUGCAAAUAUUGCAAUACAGAAAUUAUAAUCUUAAAUUGUUCCACGAGGAAAUUGAAAAAAUCGGAAAAUGAUCAUUUUGAAACAAAAAAACGUCGAACUGACCUCUGCACAUAUUUUUCGGGUAGUUGAAUCUCCUCAAUCCGCAGAUAGGAAAAUGCAAAUUUUAUGGCAAUUUUUAAUUGCAGCCGUACAUUUAUUCACCUUUUCAAUUGUAUACGAAAGAUAUAUAAUUUUAAACACAGUUGGCAGUAUGCAAAAUUUGUUAUUGUUUUACCGCCCUGUAAAACUAAAAUAAAUUCAUAUCUCAACGUAGCUCUUUGGUAGGGAUAGCAGCCAAAAUUUCAAAUUUACAGGGGGGCUCCGCAAGUAGGCUAGUUCGAUAGAGCCCGUGAUUUAAAACCUAAUGGUGUUUGUUUCAUCAAAAUCGGUCAAGACAAUCAAAAGUUACGGCAAUUUGAAUAUCGGAAUUUUAGUCCAAUUUUUGGUAGCCUACGUCAUAGACUCAAACUCGUUCCUCGUAGAGUCUAUGCAACAACCCCCACGUACGUCACAUCCGUUUGAGCUUUUGCAUAAAUUAUACUGCGUUAUGUAAAAUUUUUUCAUGGCUUUUUUCACGCGUACAUCAAGAUGUGAAAGGCUACCAAAAGAAUGAGUUGUAUACAGACUAAUAUCGUCUCUUCUUUUGUCAAUUUUGCGUGUAUAUUGUGCUAUAAAGUGUCUUCUACGAAGAAUGAUAUAAAUUUCUUGAAAGAAGAUAUAAAAACAGAGUUGGAAGCCGUUCCUGUGGUUUUGGCGCCAGUGCUAAAAUGCAUAUGUAAACCAUGCUUAUCUAUGAUCAGAAAGAGAAAGGGUUUAAGAGAAAAGCGAUAGUAAUAUUAAAAUUUUACGCCAAGCACCUUUGUCUGAUUCUGGUUCAAGACUUGCAGUGGCGAAGAGACUAGAAUAUGAAGCAACUGAUGAUAUAAACAGCGUGUAAGUAUGAUGUCUGAGGGCUACAUAGAUAUCUGAAUACUGUUUAAUUCCUAAGUUAUCUAGUACGUUAUAUACAUGUCAAUUGUCAAUAUGGCGAGCAAAUAUACAACUAAACCACCAACACAUGCCUGUUUCUUUAUUUUCAAGACUAUGUUCAAUUAUUGUUUAUUUGCCUAAUAUUUCAAUUAUCCAAUUGUGUUUAUUUGCCUGCCGCAUAGUAUGACAAUGGCACAAUGCGAAUGCCCUUUGUUGUCAUAUACAGUAUUUUGCCUUAGCUAAAUUUGAUUAUCAAAUUAUUUCCCCAUACACCCCAAAAUAUAAAACUGGUGUCAAUUUUGAAGUCAACGACCACUACACCCUUCCGGAAAGUGCUCAGUAUUGGCUAUAAAGCCUCGUUUUUGAGCUUGAUAUUGUGGGUUCAGAACCCUAUCUUGUUAAAAGUGGUAACACAUUUAGGUUUUCCUGAAUAUGAAAGACCUUUUUGUAAUUUUGUCAUCAGUUACAAGAUGUUUCGCUCUAAAACCAAGGUCUCAAUCACUGAAAUGAAGCUUUAUAUCCACGGUUAAAUACUUUGUGCAAGGGUGUAUUAAUUGUUAGUGUUUCCUGCAGUCCUGCAAGAUAAUGCAUAGGUUAAAAUAUUUUUCGCACUGAAUGUUUUCAUCAGUCUUAAAACUAGCUUACGUCAUAGACUCUAGCUCUAUUCCUCAUAGAGGUCUAUGAUGUAGGCUAUCUUAAAACUGAAUACUGAAGUUGAUGGAUAAUUCAAGUGAGCAUAUAUAUACAAUUUCAGGCCUAACCAGGAACGGUUGCAAAAAUGCAACAUUAGGUCCUCUGGCAGGAAUCGAACCUGCGCCCUGCAUGAAUCAAUGAUGAAAUACCUAGAAACUUCUUAGUGUGUGAAUGUUGAGACACCUGGAAUAGAGCGUAUAAUAAUGGUAAAAAAUUGUCCAAAAUAUUUGACCAGUUAAAUUUGAUCAGAUAUUUUCAAAUUUGACAUCAGUCCCUAUUUGGUAUCCUCAAACACUAAUUAAGACUAAUUGGAACAAGAAUGGAAGUAUUUUGUCUUGUGACAAUAUAAUCCUACACUCUUGUGGGCUGCUUAUAUCUAAUCUUUGUUUAACUCUGUCUUUGAAGAAAACAGAUUAAGUUAUGUCUUAGCAAUAUUGUAUUCAUAUUUUUGUUCACAACUUUCUGAAACUGUUCUGGUCGGCAACAUACAAAUACCUAGUUAAUUGUUAAGAAUUGAUUAUGUCUCUUUCAUAGCGGAAUUGUGGCUACACCUUUGAAACCUAUGACGUCAGUGCCAUUGACGACAUCAUCACCAGUUGUUCAAAGUGAAAAAGGUUCUCUUCAACCAGUAUCCGCUUUUCCAACUAAUUCUCUGGAGAACAAUAUUUCGCCCAUAAAGAAUGACAGUGCUCAGACAAAUUCUACAGCAUCAGGAUCUGCUACAGGAGAAGAUUCUUGCAAGGUUACCAUCCAAAUACACUGGCCGUCUAAAGUCGGCAUGUAGUAAAACACUGACUACCGGAACACCACCGGAACACCGCCGGAACACCACCGGAACACCACCUAACCCUAACCCCAACCCUAACCCCCAACCCUAACCCCAACCCUAACCCCCAACCCUAACCCCAAACCCUAACCCCAAACAAAAUGGUGGUGUUCCGGUGGUGUUCCGGUGUUCCGGUAGUCAGUGUUUUACUACAUGCCUCUAAAGUCAGGCAAAAGGAAUUAGACAAGGACAUAUCAUCACUUGGUAAGAUGCUCUAUAGAGGUACUUAAGUACAAACAAAUUACAAGAGCAGCUUGGAGAUGCAAGAAGCUACAACAACAUUUCUUGGAGGAAAUUGCAAGGCAGAUCCACAAUGAGUGUAGUGCAAUGUGCAAGGGCGAGACAAAGAAGAAAGUGAAAGUUCGAGAGUUGAGCUGUUUGCGGAAAACUGACAAAGAGAACAUUGCUAACUUUUCAUUUGAACAACUUGAAAAAGAAUUGAAAGAAAGGGCCCCACUCUUUCAGCUUGUACUCAAAACUGCAUCACUUCGAGUUGAAGACAGAAGCAAAAGUUCAAUGCUGUCUAUUGGUGUAGCAGCAGCAGUCUGCCUUAAGAAUCGUUCCAGAAAUAUGACUGCAUUCCAAUUGGUUUUAGCAAUCAUAACUCAUAUCUCUGGUUUUUCAGUAAGUGAAUUUCUUGAAAUCUACUGUACAUGUACCAAAUCACUGACACAGAGGCUGAAAUAAUGUUAAAAAAAUUUUCCAGGAAAAUGUCCAACCAAAAUUAAAUUUGAUCAGAAAUUUUUAAAUUUGGUCAGACAUUUUUAUAAUUUUAUUUUGACUCCCAGUAUCUAUUAGGUAAAUCACCGCAAUAAAUAACACUUUAUGCCAAGCACCAUUCAAUAUUUCUAAAUUUGUCAAUUAUUGUAUUGUUUAUGUGAGAAUCAUCUUGAAUGGUUAACCCAUUCGUCCACAAAAUGUCUGACCAAUUUAGUAUUUGGUUUGAAAAAAACAGUAAUGUGUUUUAACCUCAAUUUUGACCUCAAGCACUAAUUUCAUAUAUGCUAUAGGGUCGAUUGUACAUACUAUUGUUUCCGUUUAUCAUGAAAAAGUGUUUGACAAAAAGUGCAUGCAAACAUGUUCUGAGGUGCAUGUUAGACAUGCCUGCUUGAUCAUGUUUUCUGGACAAAGCCUAAUACUGGACAUAGUCAAUUGAGAUUGAAACUCGGCAAUCUAAGCUCAUUAUUAACACUAUGAUGUUUGCUGAGUUUCCAGACCAUGUCUCUGUUGACUAUGUAUUGGAUCAUUGCUAUCCUGAGCUGAGAACGGCCAUGUUGUAUUGAAUAUACAAUCAUUAGGCAAAGGCAAGCAGUUCUAUAUUUAGUACAAUAUGAGCACAAGUUGAAGAUAUAAGAACAAUAUGCCUGCUAAGGGAUUCACACUAGCAGUGGACUUUCUAGUUUACUGCUCAAUUUGUCCAAUUUUGACCAAGAAACCUUUAUUACCUAAUAAUAAUCAAAUGAAAUUUUGGACAAUACACCGUACCCCGCAUUGGCACUUGAAUAAUUUUCGAUCGUGAAAACAAAUCAGAUCACACACAUUUCAGAUGUUCCUGUGUACAUACUGUAUGUUUUUUUUAGUAACAUAGUUACUUUUAUUGAUAUUUUUAAGACAUUUCUGGGCAUCCUGUAUGAAAAUGAGAACGAAGCUGAUGGGUUCCGUAAAAUUCUCAAUCACCUAUGACAGUUUGUUCCAUCAUAUUUUGAUGGAAAGAAAGAUACCUGUGGAGAACAAGCAGUGGUCGGGGAUCAACUUACUGUUGAACGUGGUGUGAAUAGCUUAAUGGAAGUCUCGAAUGGAUUCACUCCCGAGGAACGCAAUGAAGGAAUUCAUUUUGAAAUAGCAGAUUUCCAUGGAGGAAUGAAGUUCCUAGAGGUAUUUUAUAUAAUUAGUACACAACAUUUUGCAAGACAGGGGAAUGCAACUAAGCAAGAUGGUUGUUUUUCACGUGGUCUAUUAUUCUGUUGUCUUGUUAACCCAUUAUGUUGCACUGCACAUCAGAAAUCAGAAUCGUACUGCCACGAUCAAGCUUCCUUUCAGUCCAUUUCAAUUUAUGGUAUGAAAUUGCCAAACUGUUUGAAUUCGCUAGCACAAUCAAUAAUCUUAGUUCAAUCUUUAAUUAUAUGGCCGCUACGGGCUUAGCCAGAGGCCCGUCCACCCGCCUUUUGGACGGGUAUUUUUUAAUGUGGACAGGUUAAAAAUGUUCAAACAAAAAAAUCCUCCAGUAUUUUGACUUUAGUCGUUAGUACAACCGUACAAGAUUAAAUUUAGAUAUAACACAAUGACAUUCAACAGUCCUGCACAUACGUCCACAAGCAAACAAGUUACAAUUUCCUAUGUAUUUGCAGGAUAUUUAGUAUUUUAAGCUGAUUUCAGCAUUCUGUUUGCUCUUCAAUUUUGAGUGCAGUUUUACAUAUGUUCUUUUGACUGCUAAGAACAACAUAUUGAGAAAAUGAAGAUCUUAUUUCAAAAUUAUUUCAAGGAAAACAUGGGUUUUUUUUUGGGGGGGGGGGGCAGACCUAGUGCAACACCUUUGGACGGGAAGAUUGUCCAUCCUAGCUAAGUCCCUGUGAUGGCCGCCCGAUAGCAAACAUGUUUAUUAGUCUUGAAAUUUCAAGAUCACUUUAUAACACAAUGAUAUUGAAGAAACUAGACUGAGUUUUGAAAUAUCACACACUCGAACCGAAUUGACCUCGUAGCUCAGUUGAUAGAGCAUUGGACUAGCAAACCAAAGGUCGCGGGUUCGAUGCCCACCGUGGUCAAGCUGAUUUUUCAGCUUGCCUGGUGUGGAGACACUCAGAGUAGCAACAUCACUAAACAUAUGUUUAUUAGUCACCCAGAAAUGAUAACUUGCAACGGUAGGAUUCUUGAUUUUCAGUACCGUAAAUGAUCGAAUAAGUGCCGCGGCGCUUAUUACUUUCUUCUAGUUAAAGAUGCGACACUUAUUCGAGAGCGGCACUUAUUUUCAAAAGUGGGAAGUUGGGCUGGUGGUUCCUGCUAAGUUCACAGCGUGCAUGCUGAAUCAACGACAUGCAGUGUUAGGCGCAGAGUUUUAAGAAGGAGAAAUUUAUACAGUUAGAACUAUUAUAUGAACCCAGUUGUAAAAGAUGUGCUACAAUAAAACUUUAAAACUAUAUACUGACUGUGAUCUACUUUCUCAAUCGUGUUAUCAUCAUCUUGUUAAUGCGUUUAUUUAUAAACUCUCAAAUUGGCGCUGUGGCGCUAAUUCGACCGCAGCACUUAUUACAUUCUUCUAGUUGAAGAUGCAGCGUUUAUUCGAGAGCGGCGCUUACUCGAGUAGCGGCGUUUAUUCGAUCAUUUACGGUACUCGUUAAUGACACCUUGUGAUAAACGCUUAAUGUGCAUGUUCAACUAAAUUUUCCUUCCAGAUUAGAUACAUUUGUACAUUCUACAGGGUGUAUAAAAAAAACUGAACAGAUUUAAAAUUGCUCUCAAUUUCGCAAAACAGCUAUUUGUAUCCAGUUUUUUAUAUAUAUAUAUAGCCUCUUUGGGUACUUAUAAUGUAGAAUAAUGAGAAAAUUUCUCGAACUCAAAUUUUGUGAACCAGGGGGGUGUGUCUUUUCCAACAAACUAAAAAUGGCUCGCGCACAAAAUUUAAAAGCUGCAAUCAUAUUUUGAGUUAACAGAUAGAAAAUUUCUCGGCAUUUUAAUUACUGUACAAAAUUUCAGACAAUUUGGUUUAGUUUAAGCCCCUUAACUAUUCACGCAUUUGUACAGUAAUUAAAAACCGGACAAAUUUUCAACCUAGUAACUCAUAAUAUGAUUACAGCUUUUAAAUUUUGUGCGCGAGCCAUUUUUAGUUUGUUGGAAAAGACACACCCCCUGGUUCACAAAAUUUGAGUUCGAGAAUUUUUUUCUCAUUAUUUUACAUUAUAAGUACCCAAAGAAGCUAUAUAUAUAAAAAACAGAUACAAAUAGGUGUUUUGCAAAAUUGAGAGCAAUUUCAAAUCUGUUAAGUUUUUUUUGAUGAACCCUGUAUUUUAGGUAAUAUUCAAUCAUUUUUACAAUACAAGUGCACCUAAUGAUCAAUGUACAUUGUUUUGUGAUCGGAAUUUUAUUAAUCGAAGAAACAUCUCAACAGAUGUUAGUAAGAAUGUCAGUGCCACCAAAAAAUUUAUUCUGCUGGAAAUUGAUGCAAGGAUCGUCGCUGCCUGUAUGAACAAACUAGGUAUGGAUGAUAUCAAUGCAGAACCUACAUCAGAGGUUAUUCCUUACAAUUUAAAGUUGGCGUCCAAAGAUGAGAAAUUACGGUUUUUAAAAUCCCUUGCUGAACAAGUUGUCAACAAGUACAUCCUUGGUUCCGAGAAAGUUGCUUCCCUUCUAGAGAAAGUGCACAUGGCUGAAACUGAAGAUAAAGAGAGGAAAAACAGAGAUGCAGAUGCCAGAUUCAAGUGCAGAUUUCCUGGGUGUGACAAGACAUACAAGUGUGAUGGUAAGAGAAAGAGAGAACAUGAAGCCUCCCAUGGUUUACCACCUGUCACAGUGUUAAAGUAUACAAACACUGGCAAGAAAAUCCUGAAACGAGACGACAUGUUCAAUUACCAAUCAAGUUUUUUAGAAAUUGGUCUUCUAGUUAAAAACUUUUUUGAUGCAAUAUCAGAUGGUGAUGGUGGAAGAGUCGUACAAUGCUGGAAGUUUAUGCUGCAGUACUUGAGGCAUGAUGGUGCUGGAAGUAGAAAGUAUGCAUUGGAGGCUCUCUACUUGCAAUGCCAAGUCAACGCACUGCUAAGCCCACGUGCAGCACAUGGGUUGACAUGGAAUAGAUUUUUAAAAUCUAAGUUUGGUUCUAGAGGGAACAUCCCCCUUGACCUGGCAUUAGAGCAUUUCAACCGCAUUAUCAAGACCUUGAUAAAGAAACUUGGUGCUAGUGGAUUAAAUGGUAAAGCUCUAAACCGCCACUGUAGGGUUCUUACAACAAACAAGCAACUUCUUGACAACUUUGAUGAGAUGUGCAAUAUUGUGAGGAGGUCUGGCCAUCAUGUUGAACAUUCAAGAAGAAAUUAUCUGGUCAAAGUCGUGCAGAAUUUGGUUGACAACAAAGCAUUUGAAUUUGCCAAUGGCAGGACAUAUAAAAAGCUCACAGAAAUCAAGGCCUGCUUAUUAGAAGAUUUCAGUGUGUCUGAAAUGUUUAAAUGGAUUAACGAACACAAAAAGAAUGUUUACCUGAACAGGUGCUCUCGUUGA